AUGUUGAUUGGGAUUGAGGGGUGCCAAGAGACAAUAGUUCAAGCUUGGGAAGAUACGCCAGGAUCUGUGGUGGCUAAACUUUCUUUCUGUCAGUUAGCCCUAAAACGGUGGAACAAUGAACAUGUUGGCAAUAUCCCUAGGAAAGUUCGGUUUUUACAAAAUAGAACUGAUGAUUUGCAGGGGCUAGCGUCAACAUCUGAGCCUUUUAAUGAGCAUAAAAGGUUAGCAAAGGAGAUGGAUGUAUUUAUGGAACGGGAAGAAGUUUUAUGCCAUCAGUGGGUGCGCAUCAAUUGGUUAAAGCAGGGUGAUAAGAAUAUGCGUUUUUUUUCAUUAGCAAGCCGGACAGCGGGGUAG